GUGGGUUAUAGGCUGUAUGUGUGUCAACAGGUAUUUAUAUACACCGUCGACGGGAAAUCAUUUGGGAGGAAACCAAACACGGAUACAUAGCUAUAUCGGUGCAUAACGUACAGGGGACAGAAGAAGGGGGCAGGCGUACAGUGACAUCAUAGCGCGUGCACCAGCUUGUGUGUAAGGAAGCUCACAUUGUGUUCGGUGAUACGUCACCACGAUGUUUCUACUGGCGACGGGAAUACUCGCUGCCGUUUCCAGUAUAUGUCUUGGAAUCAAGAUUUUUGCGCCAUGGCUCCAUUACGACUUAGUGUACCUCAGGAAGGUCAUGAAGAUUGUCAAAGAAUUCAAUUCGGCGGCGAAAAUCACAAAGACGGUGGCGGAUUAUUUUGAUGAAACCGUUGCAAUGUACCCGAAUAAGGUCUUCAUUGUGUUCCAGGAGAAUUCAUUUACUUAUAAACAGGUGCAGGAGAAGGCUAAUCAGGUAGCACGUGCCGCCCUGGAGAUGGGGCUCCACACGGGAGACGUGGUGGCUAUAAUGAUGUACAACCAGCCGGCCCUUAUCUGGACCUACCUAGGUCUACAAAAGAUUGGUGUUCAGCAGGCGUUCAUCAACCAUAACUUAAGAUCCAAGUCCUUAGCACAUUGUAUCAAUGUGUGCGAGCCAAAACUACUCAUUGUAGGUCAAGGGAAAGAUUUACUGGAUUCUGUAACUGACAUUCAAGACGAUCUGGUGGGAAUCUCGUUUUACUCCUGUGACACGUCACUUCCUGCCACCUUCAAGUCGUUUACAGAGGCGUGUUCCUCCAUGUCAACCGAUGCCAUUGACGUAUCGGAGAGAGCCUUAUUGGAAUUUUCCUCUGUCAAUUGUUAUAUCUUCACAUCUGGUACGACAGGCCUACCCAAACCAGCCAUAGUAACACAUGCCAAGACUCUAAGGGGCGCCCUGGUGAUGUGGAUGUUUGACAUCAGUAGAGACGACAUAGUGUACGAACCUCUACCGAUGUACCACUCGGCGGGUCUUAUCGUGGGCAUCGGCUCGGUGUUAUCUAAAGGUGCGACAGUUGUACUGAGAGAGAAGUUCUCAGCAACGCGUUUCUGGGAUGAUUGCCGAAAACACAACGUGACCAUCAUCCAUUAUGUAGGGGAACUAUUGCGCUACCUGGUGAACACACCAGAGUCUGCCGACGAUAAGAAACACUGCGUGAAACACGCUAUUGGUAACGGACUGCGGCGUGAUGUAUGGCUGGAGUUUCAGCGUCGGUUCUCUGUGCCCAAUAUGGUGGAAUUCUACGCAGCCACGGAGAUGCCCAUUGGUUUCAUCAACCUCUUUAACAAAUUCGGAGCUUGUGGAAGGAGCUCACCAUUCCUGAGGAAAAUUGUACCGUGUACAUUUGUGAAGUACGAUGUAAACAACGACACACCGUUCCUUGGCGAUGAUGGGCUGUGCUUGCCGUGUGGUGCAGACGAAGUUGGUCUACUGGUGGUUCCUUUGGGUAAAGAUGUGACAUUUGAGGGAUACAAAAAUCAGACGGCAGCUAAUGAGAAGAAACUCAUCAAAAACGUAUUUAAACAGGGCGACACAUAUGUCAAUGCUGGUGAUCUUUUCUAUGUGGACAAGGAUUACUUCACCUACUUCCACGACAGAGUGGGCGACACGUUCAGGUGGAAGGGAGAGAACGUAUCAACAACAGAGGUAUCCAAUGUCGUGUCAAGUGUUGACUUCCUGCAAGACGCGUGUUGUUACGGUGUACUCGUCCCAGGAUGUGAAGGCCGGGCGGGCAUGGUGGCUGUCUGUCCUAAGGACACAGAGCGGUCCACACUAUCGGAAGAUGAGCUAGACGUUAUUAGGAAUCAGUGUAAGGAGCUUCUGCCAUCAUAUGCAAGACCACGCUUUCUUCGUUUACAAAAGGAGUUCGAAAUUACGUCUACGUUCAAACAAAGGAAAGUAAGUCUUCAGAAAGAAGGAUUUGAUGUUCCUCACAUAACUGAACCUGUGUACUACCUGGACACACACACUGACCGGUACCUGCCCCUGAACAGCAGUACCUGUAGAGAUAUCACAAAUGGACGCAUCAGCGUGUGAUAACCUCACUCAGAUAAUAACGUGUAGACACAUCAAAAAUGGACGCAUCAAUUUGUGAUUACCUAACUUCUUCAUUUAUUAGUUUUGCUAAAACGGUUUUUAAAUUUUUGUAAAGAAUGCAUACAAUUUUACCUGUUUCAGAUUACAUAAUUAUGUUUGCGUACGUAUUUUUUUCGCAUAAUCAAUUAGUAUCAAUAACUAAUGGGUAAUUUAGAAAACAAAACAAUCUUGUAAAGCAUAUUAUUUUAUUCCAUAUCAAAAAUCUAGAUAUGUUUGCGUACGUGUUUUUUUCGCAUAAUAAUUUAGUAUCAAUAUCUUAUGGGUAAUUUCGAAAACAAAAAACGAUCUGUCAAAUGUUAGCUUUAUUUUUCUUAACUAAUACAGCAUACUAUGUUUCAAGUUGGCGCCAUAUUUUGAACAUUGAAGACAUCCUUGGAUUGAUUGUUUUUUUAAACCAACAACAUGUACUAGCAGCUAGCCCUUCAUUUUCAUACCUUCGGGACGGGAAUAUAGGGGUUGCAUGGAUUUCCAUGUACACACAUCACCUUCUGUACAAAUUUAUGAUUCCUAGUUUUGAUGUAAACAAACCAGGCAACCAUUGCUGAGUUAUAUAAAUAUAAUUGUGGUGUUAUCGCUCUUUAGACUCCAACUCUCAUACGAUUGUCAGGACACUUCGACAGCUUGUUCACAGACAUACAUAUAUUACAAAUGUGUGGUUCCACCUUCUAGGGUAAAAACAAAGCUUACAUGCGUGAUAAAAUAUAUUUUUGUCAUUUCUGCAUAGACAAUGCUUUUUCUGAUUGAAACAAAACGUCAUGUACAUGUUCACAAAUAUCAAGACCUGUACUAGUUUCAUUUUUUUUUUUAUGUUAAACACAAGGUUGCCAUUACUAUCUGUCUAUUGUUUUGUGUCAUCGUUUUUUGGACUUAAUAUCUUAUAUAAGUGUUACUGAUAUUCACAAACCAGUUAAACAAAUAACCGUUUUGUAUUUGUCCGCCUGGGCUCAAAUCAAAGUCAACGUAACAUCUUUACUGUAAUUAGUAAACUUUUACCAUUACCGCUAUACAGACUUCAUUUGUCAUGCAAUAUAAAAUGCAAGUUCAUACGUAUCACCUCUUAUUUCAGUUUGAUCUUUCUACUAUCACCGUUGCUGUGGUGCUUCAUACUUUUUCGAAAUUGUCCAUUGAUCAUAAGGGAACUCGUAGAAUAUUUAUAUAAACUAAUUCUUAACGUUAUUGUGAACUACAUAUGGUAAACAUCUAUGUUAUCUGUUGUGAUAUGUAAUUGUUCAUGUUUCUGUCUUGAAAAUGGGAUGGAUUACCUCAAAAUCAUCACAUUCCUUUGUCUGCAGUGUCGAUUAUACUUACAAUUGAUUAGCUUAUAUAUCUAUUUAACUCGACCGCAUUAUACGAGACCACAUUCUGAGUCCAUCUUAGUUAUAGGGAAUGUAUAAUAAUGUCGGGAUUUGAGAGAGAGGAAAAAAACA